AAUAAAGUUGUGAAAUCUGCUAGUCUCCGUCAUGUAAUAAAUGAUAUAUGUGUUGUUUCUAUUGUAAAUAUUGUAUAAUAUACCCCAUUUACUCUCCAUGUUGACUGACGGUUAUAUGUCAUAAUAAAUAAUUGUCAUACCAAAUCUGUGAAACACUAUAUAAACCUAACGAAAAGUCUAUUCUAGUGUCGGUGACCAUUUCAAACAUUUGAAGAAAACAUCCUUCUACAACAACCAUACACCAUGCUGAGAUUAGUUGCUCUUGCUCUCUGUGCCUCAAUGGCUUUUGGAUACGGAUACAGCAGUGGAUAUGGACAUGGAAUUGAAAUCCACGGGGGAUACGGACAAAACUUUGGAGGAUACGGUCAUGGAGGUAAUGGUGGAUUCGGACAGAACUAUGGAGGUCUCGACCAGGGUUAUAAUGGCGGAUACGGAUCAGACCUAGGAUUUGGCGGAUAUGGUCAUGGAAAUAUCGGAUAUGGAAAUGACUUUGAUUUCGAAGAAAGCUGGGGAAACGGAUAUGGUGAAGGACAUGGGUUGAUUAGUAUUGGUAACGGAUACGGUAUUGGCGGAGGAUACGGUGGACAAGGAUACGGUAUCGGAGGUGGACAAGGAUUCGGUAUUGGAGGGGGAUAUGGUAUCGGAGGUGGACAAGGAUACGGUAUCGGAGGUGGACAAGGAUACGGAAUCGGAGGUGGACAAGGAUUCGGAAAAGGAUACGGUGGACAAGGAUACGGUAUCGGAGGUGGAUACGGAAUCGGAGGUGGACAAGGAUUCGGAAAAGGAUACGGUGGACAAGGAUACGGUAUUGGAGGUGGAUACGGAAUCGGAGGUGGACAAGGAUUCGGAAAAGGAUACGGUGGACAAGGAUUCGGUAUCGGAGGUGGAUACGGUAUCGGAGGCGGACAAGGAUUCGGAAAAGGAUACGGUGGACAAGGAUACGGUAUUGGAGGUGGAUACGGUAUCGGAGGUGGACAAGGAUUUGGAAAAGGAUUCGGAGGACAAGGAUACGGUAUUGGAGGUGGAUACGGAAUCGGAGGUGGAUACGGUAUCGGAGGUGGACAAGGAUUCGGAAAAGGAUACGGUAUCGGAGGUGGUCAAGGAUACGGUAUCGGAGGUGGUCAAGGAUGGGGUAAAGGAUACGGUGGACAAGGAUACGGUAUCGGAGGUGGUCAAGGAUUCGGAAAAGGAUACGGUGGGCAAGGAUACGGUAUCGGAGGUGGACAAGGAUACGGUAUCGGAGGUGGACUAGGACACGGUAUCGGAGGUGGAUACGGACACGGUAUCGGAGGUGGAUACGGACACGGUAUCGGAGGUGGAUUCGGUGGUAUCAGCGGUGGUAUCAGCAUUGGAAAAGGAAAAUAUGCUCAGUAUUGAGGAACCCAGUUUUCAGAACCAACCAAAGUGCCAAUAAAUAUAAAUAAAUCAUCCUAUACUUAA